CAGAGCAUGACUCGAUGUCAUUGAUGAGGUAGCUAACUUAGCGCUUCUGGAUAUCAUGAGCCCAUUGUCAUCGUUUCCCUGGGAACGGUGACCUCUUUCUGCGAGCUCGCCAAGGGGGAGGGGCUAAAACUACGCAGCUUCAGAUCUAAUAUCCCUCCUGUGGAUGGCGAUCGUUUAGGUAGAUUGGUGUCGCUGUGCUCGUCCCGGAUUUUGCAAGUGAUCAGCCCGGUGUGGCAAGCUUUAAUUUGUUUUGUGCAAGUGGGCCAGAUUGUGCAAGGAGCGUGCGCUGUGGUACUUUCCAGACUUCGGACCCAGAAACGGACGGAGCUCAGAGCCUGCGCGAAAGUUGCUCAAGAGUUCCUCUGCCAUCAGGGCACGAGGCUGGUUAUUGUUUCGUUGAGGAUGGGGGCGAAGAAGUAUGGCCUUUCUCCUCAUUUGAGGCAUCAAGCUUUCGUCCCCCCCAGCAGAAAACUUAGCUGCACCGAACUUGCCGGAGUGAUCUUGGGCUGCACCAACUCUACAGAGUCAGAUUGUCUACGCAAGGGCCUUUUCGGUCUCCCCUCUAAUCACUAUAGUUAUGUCCGCCUUAUAACUCCGGGGCUGCCGCUCUUUCUUUUCAACUACCAAAGCCGAACCUUGAGCGGGGUUUUCCGUGCGACCAGCAAUGGUGGCCUUGAGAUUGACAGAACUGCUUGGAGUGGCAACAACUUCUCUGCAACUCGGUUUCCCGCUCAGGUCCAAGUGCAGCUAUGGGAGCAGUGCCCUGUUCUCACCGAGGAGGUGUUUGGGCCAAUCCUGCAGGCGAACUAUUACACCAACGGAAAGUUCCUAUUUGAGUUAGACACAGUUCAGACGCAAAGCCUUCUAGCUGAGUUUGGCCUGACAGACAGCCCCCCUACCGUCGCCCCAGCUCCCCCCUUGCUCUCUCCGCCGCUGGUUCCUGCAGCACCCUGUCCGCUGGUUGUGAACCCUGUCACCUACUUCCAGCCGGCGGCUUAUACAUAUCCUUACUUAACACCAGCUCCAUACCCUUACUACACCGCUCCAUUCAGUGUGCUUCCUUCGCUCAGCCCCAUCCCCGUUUACAGCCCUCCAGUGCAAGCCCCAGCAGUCUGUAUUGCGCCCACCGCUUCCCUUCCAGCAGCAGGCCCUGCGUUUGACAUUGGCGUCCUUAUGGCAGGCCAAAAUGCCUCUCACCAGAGCACUGCAAAACGGCGGCGCGUCUCCAAAACGACGAACGGCGCUCCCUCUGCUUUAAUAGCUCCGCAAUCGUUCUCGUUCCUCCAAGCCUCCGAGGCAGGGGGCGCCCUGGCUUGGGAAGAGUGCUGGGGCGAAAGGCCGUCGUCGGCCGUCGCAACGGUGCUGGAGAAUUUCUAUGGGCGGCUCCAGGCCAGGGCUUCACAGUUCUAUGAGCAGAGCUACCGAGACAAAAUCGUGAUUAAGCUGCUCGGCUUGGGGGGCUCUGUCGGGGGCGAGGAAGCUGUACUGCGAGAGCUGGUCCAGGAGGAGGUGGGGAAGGCGCACCUGACCUGCUGUGCGCUGGUGAGAGAAGUCAAGGCGGCCGCGCUGACCGAAGGGCUUGCGGCGCUUGAGGGGUUGCCGCUCGAGCACUCGGCCAUGGUGCAGCAACGGAGAAGAGCUCUGCAAGAUGGCCUGGCGCGGUUUGAAGCGAGCGGGCUGGCAUACGUAGAGCGGGCGAAGGAGAAGGGGCGGACAGUGAUCUUUACGAGCAAUUCGCACUACCUGCAGGACAGCGUGGGCAAGGCGAGGACACGGUUACGGCAGCGGUUUGGGGCCCCUGCAACGGCAGAGCUAGAACGGGCGGAGGGGUUGCAAAUCAAAGUGGGCGCCUAUUGGAAGGUGCUGCUGAAGCGGCUGGCGGACGAGAUUCCCAUCGAGCUCAAGUACACGCUGCAGCAGGAGCUCAAGCUGAGCCCCGAUCUCUUUGGCUGCUCGGACCAGGGAUUGGAUGCAGUCGGGACGGCCGCAAGUGGGCAGCCUGCGAGGCGCAGAAAACGGAAACGGUAGUCCAUGCGGAAGGCUCUCUGGUCAGUAAAUAGCUGGCCCUGUCUGUCGAAAGUUGUUGGGGUAAAAAAGGAAUGGUGGCGGUUUCUCAUGAAUCGCCACUCGUGACGCUGGCUGACUGCGGUCACUGGUCAAAGCCUCGUUGGCCGCAGGCAAUAUUCGUGAGUCCGUGCAAACGAGCACGAGAUCUAAUCUUUUGUGUCCUGACACGGUGUCGUAGUAUUUCGUGUCCGUUGAAUACCUUCCUUCCAAAUUUUUGGGAGGAACUCGUGUGAAGACCAACGGGUCUACAUGACGGGCCGACGUAUUUCAAACUAAUUUGAAUGAUACUUAGUCGAUUUGUAGACUUGGAGAUCAUAUACAAAUACUAUGACUGCGCCGAGGGCUGUAACACCCGCAUUUGCGGUUUCAUGCAGAUUGUCGGAGCUUGCUGCAGCUAGCUGAUAUGAUAACAAUUCCAUGCCA